CUUAGGACCCAAUAGGGAAGAGGAACAGGAAAGCGCUUCCUGAGUUCGGGGGUCGAGGAAAGAUGGCGACCACCAAAGGGGUUUGGUGCCUGUGCGAGUUAUUGAGAUUUUUUUAUUCAUUAUUCCUCCCUGGGCUGGCAGUCUGUGGAACUUUAUGCGUAUGUCUGUUUAUUAUCCUCUGGGGAAUCAGACUGCUGCUACAGAGAAAGAAAGCAUUAGUAUCAACUAGCAAAAAUGGGAAAAAGCAGAUGGUAGUUGCAUUUUUUCAUCCUUACUGCAAUGCUGGCGGAGGAGGAGAAAGAGUUUUGUGGUGUGCCUUAAGGGCCCUGCAGAAAAAGCAUCCUGAAGCAGUUUAUGUCGUUUAUACUGGUGAUGUUAACGUCAGUGGUCAACAGAUACUAGAAGGUGCUUUCCGAAGAUUUAACAUCAGACUCACUCACCCAGUGAAGUUUGUUUUCUUAAGGAACCGUUAUCUUGUGGAAGAUUCACUCUAUCCUCACUUCACACUGCUGGGCCAAAGUCUAGGCUCCAUUCUUCUUGGCUGGGAAGCACUAAUGCAGUGUGUUCCCGACGUCUACAUCGAUUCGAUGGGAUACGCGUUCACACUUCCUCUGUUUAAGUAUUUAGGCGGUUGUCGCAUUGGAAGCUAUGUUCAUUAUCCCACGAUCAGCACUGACAUGCUCUCUGUAGUGAAGAAUCAAAAUGUUGGAUUUAACAACGCAGCUUUCAUUACCAGGAAUCCUUUUCUUAGCAAAGUAAAGCUCAUCUAUUAUUAUUUAUUUGCUUUUAUUUAUGGACUUGUUGGUUCUUGCAGUGAUGUCGUGAUGGUCAAUUCUUCUUGGACACUAAACCACAUUCUUUCCCUAUGGAAGGUUGGAAAUUGCACUAACAUUGUUUAUCCGCCUUGUGACGUGCAGACAUUUCUGGACAUUCCCUUACUGGACAAAAAGAAAACCCCAGGACAUUUACUGGUUUCCAUCGGCCAGUUCCGGCCUGAAAAGAACCAUCCUUUGCAGAUCAAAGCCUUUGCUAAAUUGCUGAAUAAGAAGGUGGCUGAGUCACUGCCUUCCCUUAAACUUAUCCUCAUUGGGGGUUGUCGAAACGAAGAUGAUGAGCUGAGGGUAAACCAACUGAGAAGGCUUGCUGAGGAGCUAGGAAUUCAAGAAGAUGUGGAAUUUAAAAUAAACAUUCCAUUUGAUGAGUUGAAGAAUUACUUGUCUGAAGCAACAGUUGGUCUGCACACCAUGUGGAAUGAGCAUUUUGGGAUUGGAGUGGUUGAGUGUAUGGCUGCUGGCACGAUUAUCCUUGCCCACAAUUCAGGGGGCCCGAAGCUUGACAUUGUCGUUCCUCACCAGGGAGAGAUAACUGGAUUUCUGGCAGAAAGCGAGGAAGGCUACGCUGAGACUAUGGCUCAUAUUCUUUCCAUGUCUGAGGAAAAGAGACUCCAAAUCCGCAGCAAUGCUCGGGCAUCUGUAAGCAGAUUCUCUGAUCUGGAGUUUGAACUAGCGUUCCUGUCAUCUGUGGAGAACUUACUUAAAUAAUGCCAUAUCUGUACAAAUUAAAGAUGUUUUAUAUAAAACGGCUAAAUA